CCCGGAAGCGCCAGCGGAGCAGCGGGACCCGGAAGCGCCGCUGUGGCCGGUGCCGGGGCGGCGGGGCCGGUCCCGGUUGUCCAUGGAGGGUGCGGGCGGCUGAGGGGGCGGCGGAGACGGCUGAGAGCGGGUCCUGGGCCGCGGGGAAGCCCCGGGCCGGGGGGAGGAGGAGGAGGCCCCUCCGCCGCCGCCAUGGCAGCAGCGGCAGCAGCGGGCUCCAACUGGGGCCUGAUCAUGAACGUGGUGAACAGCAUCGUGGGGGUCAGCGUCCUCACCGUCCCCUUCUGCUUCCGGCAGUGUGGAAUUGUCCUGGGAGCUCUGCUCCUCGUUUUCUGCUCUUGGAUGACUCAUCAGUCCUGCAUGUUCCUGGUGAAAUCUGCCAACCUCAGCAAGCGCAGGACCUACCCCGGCCUCGCAUUUCACGCCUAUGGAAAAGCAGGAAAAAUGUUGGUGGAAACAAGCAUGAUUGGGCUGAUGCUGGGCACUUGCAUCGCUUUCUACGUUGUCAUUGGUGAUUUGGGGUCCAACUUCUUUGCCCGACUGCUUGGAUUUCAGGUGUCGGGCAGUUUCCGGAUCAUCCUGCUCUUUGCUGUCUCCCUGUGCAUUGUCCUUCCCCUGAGCCUCCAGAGGAACAUGAUGGCCUCCAUACAGUCCUUCAGUGCCAUGGCUCUCAUCUUUUACACCAUCUUCAUGUUUGUGAUCGUGCUGUCGUCCUUCAAGCACGGGCUGUUCAGUGGGCAGUGGCUGCAGAGAGUGAGUUACACCCGCUGGGAGGGCAUUUUCCGCUGCAUCCCCAUCUUUGGGAUGUCCUUUGCUUGUCAGUCUCAGGUCUUGCCUACCUAUGACAGCUUGGAUGAGCCAUCAGUUAAAAUCAUGAGCUCCAUAUUUGCUUCUUCCCUAAACGUGGUCACCACCUUUUACAUUAUGGUGGGCUUCUUUGGCUACGUGAGCUACACAGAAGCCAUAGCUGGGAAUGUCCUGAUGAACUUCCCCUCCAACCUGGUGACGGAGAUGAUUCGAGUGGGGUUCAUGAUGUCAGUAGCUGUGGGGUUUCCCAUGAUGAUCCUCCCGUGCAGACAGGCACUGAACACCCUUCUCUUUGAGCAGCAGCAAAAAGAUGGCACCUUUGCUGCAGGGGGCUACAUGCCCCCGCUUCGCUUCAAAGCCCUGACACUGGCUGUGGUGUUUGGAACCAUGGUAGGAGGCAUCAUGAUCCCAAACGUGGAAACAGUCCUGGGCCUGACUGGUGCCACGAUGGGAAGCCUCAUCUGCUUUAUCUGCCCAGCUCUUAUUUACAAGAAGAUCCACAAGAAUGCACUCUGUUCACAGAUCAUUCUGUGGAUUGGACUGGGAAUACUGGUUAUCAGCACCUACACCACCUUGUCUGCAACAGAGGACCCACCAGGGAAGACAGAAGUGGUGGGCUUGGAGCACCUGGACAGGGAGGAGAACAGGAUUGACCAGGAUUCACUCAAAAUCCCAGAGCAGAACCCGGCGGUGGAGGAGGCAGAGGAUGACAGGGAUAAACCCAAGCUGCUGGAGGAGAAGGAGGAGAUGGAGCAGCCACAAAUCAAGGUGCCCAUGGAGGUACUUGAGAGAGAGGAGGAGGAGAGAGGAAAGCUGGACGAGAAAGUGCAGCUCGACCGUCCCGAUCCAGGGAUUGCCCUGCCCGUGGGGGAAGCUCAUCGCCACGAGCCGCCCGUCCCGCAUGACGAGGUGGUGGUGGACAUGGGGCGGGAGCAGGAGGAGUCCGAUGAGAACAAGCUGCUGCCUGGAGGAGCCAACAACCACCAGCUCAAUCCAGAGCCACCGGGAGCCCUGAAUCCCCAGAAAGAGGCACUUGGCCCAAAACAAGGGCAGGAAGCGAUCGCUGAGAACCAACUGCGGGGAGGGACUGACGAGCCCGUUAAGAAUCCAAAGAACGUCCUGGAGGUGGUGGUGGUGCAGCAGGAUGGAAAGCUGCCACACGAGGAGCUGGGGCCAGACAAACAAGCAGUGGGAGCCAAGGCACAAGCUGCCGUGCUGGACGGCGAGAAGAAAGCUGAAGCUGCAGGUGACAGGGAGAAAGCAAAGCCCCAGCUCCCCAGGAAAGCAGGAGAGGCUGUGAACUCCGUGGAGAAGGAAGAUGACCCUGGUGAGAACCAGGCGCUGCCUCUCCUGGACAGAGCAGAGCAGCCAGAGCAGAGGGAGACCCAAAACACCAAGGAGAAGCCACAGGAGAACGUGGAGAGCAAGCUGGAGGGAGCGGGGCAGGCGAAGCUGCUGGAAAAUGCUGUGCUGCUGCAGGUGAUCAAGGAGCAGCAGGUACAGCACAAGCAGCUCCUGGACCAGCAGGCAAAACUGCUGGCUGUCAUCGAGGAGCAGCACAAGGAGAUCCACCAGCAAAGGCAGGAGGAGGGGGGAGAGGAGAAACCAAAGCAAGCAGAAACACAGCCAGAGCCUGCAGCCCCCCUCCCCAGGAGCCGGGAGGAUGAGGACCUGGGAGCAAAGCCCCUUGGCCAGGAGGGGCUGGAGCACCCUGGGCAUCCCCCAGACUCAGUGGAGCAGCACAGGGAGACUGCAGGAAAGCCCAAGGAGGCUGCACACAGGCGUGAGAUUCCUGGGGUUCCUCCCAAGGUGUUGCCACAGGAGAACAACAGAGCUGUUAAAAAUCCCGUGGAGAACCAGGAUCCCCUCCACAGGGAUGCCCAACACAUUCCUGCAGCCAGAAACCACCUGGAAAAGAAGUCCUUGGCAGAGGAUUUGGGAGGAGAUCGUGAAGCCAAAGCUGAAAGAGACAUCCACCAGAAGAAGAAUUCCCUGAAAGCUGUGGAAGUAGCUACAGCUCCCAUCCAAAGAGAACAGCUGGGGCCUGCCAAAGUUCAGGCAGUUGCAGGAAAGAGUCUGGAAAGAGACUCAGGACUGGACCUUAAAGCCAAAGGACUGAGUCAGGUGGAGCCCAAAGACCUGGCAGUUGCUCUGGACUCCUCCAGCAAAAGGAACGUGGCAGAGAGUGAGCAGCACCUACGGGAGCAUCGGAGAGGUGCAGGCACAGAGGGAGCUGAGGGUGCUGGCAGGCAGCAGCAGCCCUGGCAGAGGGACAGAGGGGAGGUCAGGGGAGGAGUUCCUCAGGAGGUGGUGGUGGACGUGGGCCAAGCCCCUCAGGGAGGUGUGAGGAGCAAGCAGAGGCAGGGGGAUGGAGGCCUCUCAGACGAUGCUGAGAAGAAACCAGGCCCUGAGGAUGCUGCUGCCCAGAAACCUGAGAAAGGAGCAGCUGCCCAGGGUGAGCAGAACCCCGACCACGACAUCAAACCCAACCGGGACCUGAAACUGCAGGCGGACCUGGACCUGCGCCGGAGGAGACGGGACCUGCUGCCUCCCGAGGAGGAGGAAGAGGAGGAGGAGGCUGCCCGGGGGGCAGGGGUCUUCAUUGGGCUGAACCCCCUCCCAGAUGUGAAAGUUAACGACCUGCGGAGCGCCCUGGGGACGCGGCUGCAGCAGGGGGUGGCAGAGGGGGCUCAGCAGGUGGUCCACAGCCGGCAGAUCCGGCAGGUGCCGGGGGGGGACUGAGCCGGGGUGGUCAUCUCGGUGGGUGGCUCUGGGUGUUGGCCACGGGCACCGGGCCCAGCAGCUCCCUGGGGAAGGGUCCAGAUGGGGUUUUUUGGCUGCCGUUGGCUCAGGCAGGAAUUGGGGCUGGGCCAGCAGCACGCAGGGCUCGGACCCCCUGGGAUCCCUUUGGACCUGGGAGAAGCAUCCAGGGGACAGGGGGGCUUCUCCCUUCCUGUGGCUGCAGGUGGGUGGGAAGGUGGCAACCUUGAAAGGAACCUUCUUUCUCCUCUGGGUUUCAGAGGUUGCUGUCCUCCUCAGUCCCCUGCCAGGCCAGCUCCCCGGGACCUUUUACACCAUCUUGUUCAUAUCAGAUUGCCUUCUCCUGCCAGCUCUCCACUCCCCGAGGUGUUCCUCCAUGAGGUUCCUUCCUUGGGAAGGCAUCUCCAGUCCCAGCCUCAGGUCCCUUGGCCCAGGUCAUGUGGGGUGUCAGGAGGAGGGAAGCCCGGGGUCUCAGCUCUCAGGAAAGGCUUUAUUCUGGAGGAGCAUCAAGUCAGGAGUUGAGAACCAGCUUAGUCAUUCCCUUUGGUGUUUCUCCUGGAACGGGAGCUGUUAGUCUUGCAUGUUUUAGGAGAUAGUUGUGGUUUAGGAACCUAGUUUAGUAGAAACGC